AUGUUUCGCAUUGUAAAGAAUAUUACACCUUUCUUUUCAAAAAAAAUACUUCAUCGCUCAUCACAACAAGAAAAUGCUGUUUUCAUGUUUAUACAAGGAAAAUUCUUAUCAGAUUCUGUUAAUGAGAAAUUUUCUCUAAAACAUGAUGAAAUCGGCCGGCCACUUUAUUUUGAUGCACAAGCAACCACUCCCGUUGAUCCACGAGUACUUGAUGCAAUGCUGCCAUAUCUUGUUAAUUACUAUGGUAAUCCACAUUCGCGUACUCAUGCUUAUGGUUGGGAAAGUGAAGCAGGAGUAGAUAAAGCUAGAGAGCAAGUAGCUAGUCUAAUAGGUGCAGAUCCUAAAGAAAUAAUAUUUACCUCUGGAGCAACUGAGUCUAAUAAUAUAUCUGUAAAAGGAGUAGCUCAUUUUUAUGCACCAAGAAAAAAUCAUGUUGUGACAACACAAAUUGAACACAAAUGUGUUUUGGAUUCAUGCCGGGCUUUGGAAGGUGAAGGCUUUAAAGUAACAUAUUUACCUGUUGGACCAAAUGGAAUUAUAAACCUUCAAGAACUUGAAGAAGCACUCACACCUGAAACAAGCUUGGUUUCGAUUAUGACAGUAAAUAAUGAAAUUGGUGUCUUGCAACCAAUUUCUGAAAUUGGAGCAAUAUGUAAGAAAAAUAAGAUAUUUUUUCAUACUGAUGCAGCACAAGCUAUUGGCAAAAUACCUUUAGACGUGAAUAGUAUGAACAUUGAUCUUAUGUCUAUUUCUGGGCAUAAAGUAUAUGGACCUAAGGGAGUAGGUGCUCUGUAUAUUAGACGUAGGCCAAGAGUUCGUGUCGAACCACUACAGAGUGGUGGAGGUCAAGAGAGAGGAAUGAGGAGUGGAACUGUGCCUACACCAUUAGUUGUGGGAUUAGGUGCAGCAUGUGAAUUAGCACAAAAUGAAAUGGCCUAUGAUCAUGCUUGGAUUAAAAUGUUGGCUGAAAGAUUUUUAAAUACUAUUUAUUCCCGAUUAAAACAUGUUAUAAGAAAUGGAGACCCUCAGCAAUCAUAUCCUGGAUGUGUAAAUAUAUCAUUUGCAUAUGUAGAAGGUGAAUCAUUAUUAAUGGCAUUAAAAGAUGUGGCACUAUCAAGUGGCUCGGCCUGCACCUCAGCAUCUCUAGAACCAUCAUAUGUUUUAAGAGCUAUAGGAACAGAUGAAGACCUAGCCCAUAGUUCAAUAAGAUUUGGAUUGGGAAGAUUCACAACAAUUGAAGAAGUGGACUAUACAGCUGAAAAGACAAUCAGACAUGUAGAGCGUUUGAGAGAAAUGAGUCCUUUGUGGGAGAUGGUUCAAGAGGGAGUUGAUAUAAAGUCAAUCCAAUGGUCUCAACAU